AUGGACUUCUCCAACCGAUCGACAUCUGCCACGACCCUUUCGCGUUCCAAUCCAUCCGUCUACAGCAUCCGAUUCGCUGUCUUUAGCGCCAUUAUCGCGAGUAAACAGGCCUUGAACCGCACUGAGGAUGUUGUGAACCCAGGAGGUUGUGUUGGGAGUAUCCAUGGUCGUGGCAGCGUUGGAUUGGGUGGAGAGUGA